AUGGGAGGCGGAGGCAGCGGCUGUGAAGACGAAAACUGUGGCCUCACAUCUGGUGUUACAGAUAACUGUUCGAACCAAGACUGCCACUGGGAGGAACCUGUGUUUGGACUGAUUGAGUUGGUGUGUGUGACCGUCAUUUAUAUACCACUGAUGCUCUUCGGGCUUCUGGGAAAUAUUCUGACGAUUCUGGUGGUUUGGCUCCGACCUCACAUGAGGAGCUCCACCUACCUCUACCUGAGCAGCAUGGCUGUCAGUGACCUGCUCAUACUCCUGCUGCUGCCGCUGGAGCUGUAUAAGCUGUGGAGGCCCAGACCCUGGCCUUUAGGAGACCUCAUCUGUAAACUCUCCGUGUUCCUCUCAGAGUGCUGCACCUUCUGCACCAUCCUCCACAUCACCUUCCUGUCCCUGGAGAGAUACCUCGCGGUCUGCUGGCCAAUCACAGCCAAGACUCUGGUGACACGGCACAGAACAAAGGCUCUCAUUGGCUGCCUGUGGCUGGGCGCUGCCGUCAGCGCUGCGCCGGUGCUACUCAUGGUCGGCGUGGAGGAAGUUGGGGGAGAGGAGACGGGGCUCAGGGAUUGGAGGGAGGACGGAGGGUGGACAGGCAGAGACGGAGAGCGGGGAGGAUUUCUGAUAGGUGGAGUGGAGAGAGGAAGUGGACACAUGGCCUCAGUGGAUGGAGGGAUAGAUGGAAUAAAAUGGGGAGAAAAGGAGAUAAAGAGAGGCGAGUUAAAACAGUUUGGAGAGAGAAAUGUGGGAAUGGAAGAAAGAAAUGAGAGAAGACAAGCAGAUGCAGGACAAAUGAAACUCCAAAAACAAGCAGAUGAAGAGGAAGGAGGGCUGGAAGUUGAAGGGGGGCCCCGAAAUAAAAAGAAAAAAGAUGAAGGUGGAGGAAGGGAAGAAAAGGUUAUUGGAGCAAAAGUUGACAGGAGAGAGUGCCGCUGCACGCAAUAUGCCGUCUCCUCUGGCCUGCUGUCAGCCAUGAUGAUCCUCUCCAACUUGUACUUCCUGGUGCCCGUCUGCAUCCUGGUUCUGGUCUACGGCCUAAUUGGACGGACGCUGUGGCUCCGCCCUCAAAGCAGCCGCAGAAACCAGAGUCACCGGCACACCGUCAAAAUGCUGGGUGUGAUCAUCUUGGCUUUUGUCCUGUGCUGGCUGCCCUUUCAUGUGGGUCGCACCAUUUUCUCUUUUACUUUUGACACUGGUUUAUACUAUCUGUCUCAGUAUUUCAAUUUGGUGUCCUCUGUCCUCUUCUACCUCAGUGCUGCCAUCAAUCCUUUACUGUACAACCUGAUGUCUGCCAGGUACAGACAUGCUUGCAGGCUCGUCAACAUAGCACAGGAAGAUCUUGCCAUUCUGCCUUUAUGUAAGUGUCACCUGAUAGCUGCAGGGAAGAUUUAUCCUGCUUAG